AACUUAUCAGCACUGUGGGGUCUGUGGUUCAGCGGGAGCGCGCCUCUCGCGCGGUCAAGUGCAUCAGCUUGUUAUUUCAUGACUGAAGCUUAGAGUCGGUGAAGAUGGCGAUGUGUGCGGCGCUCCGAUGCGUUUCGGCAAACUUCUCGGCAGCAUUGCCCCUGCUCUCGAGAUCUGCACAUAUCUGGACGUGCCAAAAUUCCCUAAGACCAAACGGUUUAAGGACGCUUUACACGAGCUCACGGCUCUCGGGAGCUCUGAAGUUUACAGACAAACACGAAUGGGUGAGAGUGGAGGGGAGUGUGGGCACGGUUGGCAUCAGCAACUUUGCUCAGGAAGCGUUAGGUGAUGUGGUAUACUGUGGGCUUCCAGAAGUGGGAACGAAGCUUGAACAAAUGGAGGAGUUCGGUGCUUUAGAAAGCGUCAAAGCUGCUAGUGAGUUGUAUUCUCCACUGACCGGAGAGGUGACCGAAAUCAACACAAAUCUGACCGAUAACCCAGGACUAGUAAAUAAAGCCUGCUAUGAAGACGGAUGGUUAAUUAAGAUGACCAUAGAGAAACCUGCAGAACUUGACGAACUCAUGGAUGAAGCUGCUUAUGAAAAAUUCAUCAAAUCCCUCGAUUCAUAAAGGUGUUCAGACCUUCGUUAUUUGUUAUUAUUGAUCAUUCAGAGCCUUUAAGGAUUCCCUAGAAUACCCUUUUGUAUGAGCUUAACAAAAUCAUGUAUUUUGGAGUCAAAAGCCAAAUAUUUCGAGGGCUUUUGGAUACAGUUUGAGGUGCUUUACAUGGACUCAAACAAAGACAGGGCUGGUUCUGCUGAUUGUCUUAAAUAGUACAUUUGUUAAUAUAACGUGUGUGACGUUGACGUAAUAUGACAUGCAAUAAAAUUGAAAAUGUAACAUUGUGA